AUGGUUUUGUUGAAUUAAAUUCUAUUUGUAAUAUGAAUAAAUUCUACGAUAUCAACGUGUGAUUGAUCGUUUUUUCUUGUGAUUUUUAAAUUACCAGUGAUUAUGGCUGUCAGACCGUUUUUAUACUUAGGUGAUACUGUAUGUAGAUGUGUGUUUACAACAGUGCAGUUUAAACCUAAGUUUUAUGCAACAACAGUAUAUAAACAGAUUAGGCAUUUCAGAAAGGUUAAAGGCAAAGCAAAAGAAAUAGAAGUAUCUUUUCCAAGCGAGCAUGUAGAAAAGGGUCCAGUGCCCCUUUCCAGAAUGAUGAAACCCUUUGCCUUUACAGUUAUGUUUAGUGGAACUACAUUCAUUGCUGCUACUAUUUGGGAAUAUGAGCGUAUCAGAGAAAGAACCUAUAGGAUGGUCAACCACUAUAAACAACUGGGAAUACAUAAAGUAGGAUGGAGACAUGAAAUGGAAGUUUGGUGGAAGAACUUAACAGAAGGGCAGAAAGUAUUUGCUCCUAUAUGUUUUUUGAACAUUAUGGUGUUUCUUGCAUGGCGUAUUCCACAGUUACAGAAAACAAUGGUACAAUAUUUUUGCGCUAAUCCUGCAUCUCGUACAUUAUGUUGGCCAAUGCUGUUGUCAUCAUUCUCCCAUUACUCAUUUUUACAUUUAGCUGCUAAUAUGUAUGUAUUACACAGCUUCAGUUCUUUGGCUGUAUCAGCAUUGGGUAAAGAACAGUUUGUGGCACUUUAUUUGACUGGUGGGGUAGUAUCUAGUUUUGCAAGUAAUUUAUACAAAACUACAUUUCGUAUAUAUAGCCCUUCCUUAGGAGCUUCAGGAGCAGUAAUGGCAAUUCUUGGAUUUGUGUGUAGCCAAUUUCCAGACACAUAUCUUACUAUUAUUUUUCUUCCAAUGUACAAAUUUACAGCUAGCGGGGCAAUCAAAGUCAUAAUGGGAUUGGAUAUAUUGGGAUGUCUCAUGCGGUGGCAAUACUUUGAUCAUGCAGCUCAUUUGGGUGGAGUAUUAUUUGGCCUGUUUUGGCAAGCAUGGGGUAAGGAGAAUAUAUGGCAAAAACGUGAACCAGUAUUAACAUUUUGGCAUGAGCUCCGUGGACCGCCUAGGUCACAUUGAUAUCUGUUUUUGUAAAAAUAUAUAAUGUGUUAUUUUUAUUGUAAAUUGUAAAAAUUACAAAAAUGAUCUAAUGUAAACAGACCUGCGAGAAGAACAAAUAAAAUUGAAGAUAUGAUGCUCUUAUAUCAACACUCUUUAUAAUUAUUAAAGACACAUUAGAGAUUUUUGCAUUUCUACUAUACCAAUCUUUGCUGUAGUUACAUAAAAGUACAACAGUAAAAAAUUUGAACUUUAAAGUC